AUGUACCUUUGGGAUGCAAUCAAUGAUGCGGUUAUUGAGUGCUGGCCUUUUCUAGCCCUUGUGAUAGCUAAUAGUCCUGCCAUGGCCUUUAUAUUUGGUAGUGUUGGCCAUCAUAGGGCAUAUGGUUGCCAUCUUUAUUUCUGUCAGAAAGGAUGCCAUAAGCCUGGGGGUGCCCAGUACUACCUGGCAUGCUUGAAGCUUAUUGGUUCCGAUAUUGCCAGUUCAAAUCAUUCAAAUUAUGACCUGUGCACAAUGAUCAUCCUAAUGGCAGAGGAAACCGAGAAAAGAUAUUUGUCAAAUCUGACCCAUGUCUUGGAAGCACGCUCAGCAGUGGAGUAUCAUGCAUGGCAGCUCUGGACAGGUCUUUUCAAGCCUAUAUUGUUGAGUGGGAUAGAUCCAAGACACUGGCUGUGCAUUCCCGCCCUGUUCCCCACAGAUCUUAUGCACCUCUAUGCCUUGAAUCUCACUGAACUAAUAGUAGGCUUGCUCUAUAGCAUGCUUGAUUGCAGUGUCUCCAACAAUCGAGAUUCAUGGAAUUUUUCUGUCUUGCGAGACCCACAGAUAUGGCAGGCACAUGGUAAAGCAGUGGCUACUACAACACCAUAUCUUCCUGGUAUCUUUGACUGGCCACCUUGCAAUCCUGCGGAGAAAAUCAACAGUGGGUACAAAGCGGUUGAAUAUAUAACUUGGAUCUAUGGCCUUAGUCCCACACUUUUUUAUGGAACUCUACAGUCAAUCUUCUGUUGGCACUUCUGCAAGUCAGUUGUAGGUAUCCAUCUAAUGCACUAG